GUUUGCUGCAGCUUGGUGUGCAAUGUGACAGCGGCUUGCAUGAAAUUAUUUGUGCUGGGGACGAGAGAGAAAUUAGCAGGAAGAAACAAGGCGGAUGCUUUUUCAGUUUUGAAGAAGACGCCCCCUCCCCGCACCUGCUCUGCCUCGUCUCCUCGGUGUCUCGCAGAAGUGGAGUGCAAGUGAGCGGACGUCGCUUCUCAUUGUUAGAUUGACGCUGGUUUGAGCAUGACUUCGGCGUAUAACUUGGAUUUUCUCCCUCUGGCGGAAAGUCGGUUGAUGUCUUCUGGCGACUCAGUCAAUGGCAACGGCAACAAGAUGAACGGGUCACUGGAGCACCUGGAUCAGCCAGAUCCAGAUUCAAUCAAAAUGUUUGUGGGGCAGAUCCCACGCACCUGGUCAGAAACAGAGCUACGAGAGCUGUUCGAGCCCUUCGGACCUGUGCACCAAAUCAACAUCCUCCGAGACCGUACUCAGAACCCCCCACAGAGCAAAGGAUGCUGUUUUGUAACUUUUUAUACAAGAAAAGCUGCACUGGAUGCCCAGAAUGCUUUGCACAACAUAAAGACCUUAAGUGGGAUGCAUCAUCCUAUUCAGAUGAAACCCGCCGACAGUGAGAAAACAAGUGCGGUAGAAGACAGAAAACUGUUCAUUGGGAUGGUCUCAAAGAAGUAUGGCGAGAAUGAGGUCCGAAUGAUGUUCUCCUCUUUCGGUUCAAUCGAGGAGUGCCGAAUCCUCCGGGGUCCCGACGGCCAGAGCAGAGGCUGUGCGUUUGUCACAUUUGCUACCAGGGCAAUGGCACAGAAUGCAAUCAAAACCAUGCAUCACUCUCAGACUAUGGAGGGUUGCUCCUCACCUUUGGUGGUGAAGUUUGCUGACACACAGAGAGAUAAGGAGCAGAGGCGCCUGCAGCAGCAGCUAGUACAGCAAAUCCAGCAGCUCAAUAGCGCCUCCUGGGGGAACUUGGCUGCACUGGGAGCUCUGACACCACAGUAUCUGGCUCUGCUGCAGCAGGCCACAUCUACCAGUAACCAGAGCACUUUCAAUGGCAUUCAGAGGUUAGGAGGUAUGAAUCCACUGCAGCUGCAGAACCUGGCCACAUUAGCUGCAGCGGCGGCUGCUGCCCAAAGCUCUGGCAGCCCCACCUCCACCAGUGCCCUCUCCUCCAGCACCGGCGCCUUGGGAGCUUUGGGCAGCCCAGCUGGUUCAACAACAGGGUCCAGCACCGGAGCGGCCAUGAACCCUUUGGCCUCUCUGGGCACUCUGCAGGGUCUGACUGGGACCUCUGUGGGGCUCAACAACCUGAACGCUCUCACCAGCAGCGUCAGCAGUAUGGGAGCCAUGAACGGAGGACUGGGAGCCUCUAUGGCCAAUGGUUCGGCCGCCAGCUCCAUGGACGCUCUGACUCAGGCGUACUCAGGGAUGCAGCAGUACACCUCUGCCCUGCCCUCGCUCUAUGGCCAGGCCCUGCUGCAGCAGAGUGUCGCAGGGAGCCAGAAAGAAGGGCCAGAAGGUGCCAACUUGUUUAUUUACCACCUGCCCCAAGAGUUCGGGGAUCAGGAUCUUCUGCAGAUGUUCAUGCCUUUUGGAAACGUGGUCUCAGCCAAAGUCUUCAUUGACAAACAGACCAAUCUGAGCAAGUGCUUUGGGUUCGUCAGCUAUGACAAUCCUGUGUCUGCACAAGCUGCCAUCCAGGCCAUGAACGGUUUUCAGAUCGGGAUGAAGAGGCUGAAGGUUCAGCUGAAACGUUCCAAGAACGACAGCAAACCGUACUGAUCUAAGCCGGGCCCCCUCCCCAGCUCAAAGCUAGCACUGCGAGGGUAAGUUUACCUCCUGCCAAGGUCACCACAGAGACUCAAUGGGGCAGGGGGCGGAGCCCGUCACAGGAGGGAGACUCGGCCUAUUCCUUAAAUGGUUGCAAUUCUCUUUCCACAUUUUUCUUGUAUUCAUCCCUGCAGUUUUAUCAUGUACUUUUAAGUCUAUUUGAAUAUUUUAUUGUAUGCUUAUUUAUGACUAUCACUGGAGUCAGUGUUCGCUGGAGGUAUUUUGUGUCACUGUAUUUAGUGGAGAGCAUCAUCUGUGUUCCCAUACAUUUCAUUGCCUUCAGGUCAAGCGUAGAUGGGUUGACUAAGGAUCAGUCAAAGGGCUGAAGCGUAGACCGUGAGCCAGUGCUUCACCCUGUGUGGCUUCUUCCAUGUAGUCUGUCUCAUUGUCCAUCGUCCUUAAUGUGAAUCUUUGCACUCAGCCCCUCCCUCCCAAACGUCCCCUGCCCCCUGUCUCUUCUGUCCUGUGUGUGAGGCUACCUCUCUAUUAACCACUUCCAGUCAUUCCAUCCAUCUGCAGGUCUCCACAGAGGGGACUGGCUCUCGAUGGAUCUCUUUGGGUGCCAAGUAUAAUCUAGUAAAUGCAUGUUGGAGCCAUACUGUGUCCUGGUGUCGCAUCUUAAACCUGUGUAUCGUUUUGUGUGUAGAGGGGGGGUUUGUCUUUAUUGUAUGUGGUGAUGUUUUGUUGUUUUUUGUGCCUCAUGGCUAAAGAUUCUUGUGCUGUGCCCCUAACUUUCUCUUCUCUCCUCUGUGUCUUCUCUCCUCCUGUCGUGUUCUUUUCUAGAACAACUCUCCAUGCCUGUUUGCUCAUCAUUAGCCUAGCAUGUCUCCAUGAUGUUGAAAGCCAAGCCAAACUCGUGGCCUCAUCAUCCCACCAUUGUCUGUGAUGUCUCUCUAAGCUCGCCUGACCAAUACCUGGCCACCCACUGACCCCUGACCUUAGCUCAACCUGGUUUCUCUGCAUGUGUGUUCAUUUUUGUUUGUUCUAUAAAGAAAUGUGACUGGUGGGAGAGAGGUCAAGCAAAUCAAUGUGAAAACUAUGUUCAAUUCAUUUAAAGUUUUGCUGUUUUUUUUUUUUUUGUUUUUUUUUUUUGCGAAUGUUUUAAAAACCUGUGGGAUUUAUUUUUAAUUUGCUUUGUUUUUUAUGUUGCUUUCUUUUUACCUCUCUCAGUAAAAGUUCACUUGAAAGUUGAAUACAGGGAUUGGCACACAGCUGUGCUAUUUGGUGCCAUUAGCAAUAUGUUGGCUUCUUAUACGAAAAUGUGCUACAGACCACUUUCCAACACUUUUGAAAGUCCAGUUCAGUCUCAGUGCUCUGUAAAGGUCUCUACAUUUUGCGGGCAGUGUAAAGGAAAAAAAAAAAACUUUCACCAAGGCUAAUAUAUAUUUUGAUUUUAUUUACAAAACUAUCAGUGUGUUCUUUGAAAAAUAUUGAUGGCACAAUAUAAGGUCCAUUUCCUCUGUUUAGAGAAAUGACGCCUACAUGAGUCAACUUUUGUAGAACUGAUUCACAAAUAGACAAUCUGUGGUUGAAAUGCACACUUAGAUUACCUAUAUUUUAUACCAUUGAAUCUAUAGAAUUUAACUAACAGAACCCAGGCAAACGUUGGGUUUUUUGUAGAUUAUGUUGUAAUUGUCAUCUGUGUAUGUGGGUUUGGGGAAAGUUCAGUGUAUUACAUUUUUUAAAAAGGACUAAAAAUCAGUUGUGAUCAGUUUGACCAUUUAAGGGUCACUUUAAAUUAAAAAUCUCAGUUUAAGUCUAAAAUGUUGCUGCAUUAAUUGUAACUUCAACUUUUGAGAUGACAAACAUUUUCUGUAGUUUUAUUUUCCCUGUGUCAAAGACAAAAACCGUAUGGUACGUUUUUAUUUUUGUUGACUUUCUGUGAAUUAUUAAUUUAAUUAAUGGAUGUCACUUUUUAGUUUAGUCUUGGUUGCCUAAUGUAGAAAUAUGUUUUACAAUGUCUGUACUGUUGAAAUGUACACAUGUCAGACAAUGUACUUUUGUUUUUAUAAGUGCCCACGUGUCAGCCUCAGUGUUUUUGAAGUCACACAAACAUGAUUUUUCUUGUAUGAGUAACAUUUUCAAAUCCGCUUGCAUGCACACACCAACACACGCAGACACUUUAUUGUGGUAAACCGUGGGAGCCCCUGAAGAAGAGAUCGCUUGGACACACAACACUCGACCUGUGGGUUUCUGCACACUUCAUUAGUAACACACACACACAGGCUUGGUUUAGAUUCAUUUUGGUUAUGGCUUUUGUUCAGUGACUUCAUGUUUCACAAAUGCACACAGCACAUUGACACUAAAACUUAACCCUUCACUGUAGUGUUGGUUUACAAAAUACAUUCCAUUUGUUCAGCACAAGUUUACACUUUUUUUAAAUAUCGGGGUGAUGUUGUAACCCUGGUUUAAAAAAAAUAAAAAAGACAAAAAACACAUCAUCCCCCAAAGAUGGGUUCCCUAAAAACUGCAUACCCGAUGGCGCUAAAGAGUUGUCAACUCAGGGGUUGCUUUGUGUGAAACUGGUUCACGCAGGGUUAUGACACAAAAUGCACAAUUGUCACCAUUUGACCUUUUCAGUUUGGAUUUUAUUUUCUUAACGUGCAUAAAUAUUCCAAAAAAUAUUGAGGUACCAAAAUUUGAACCAGUACUGGAGGUUUGUUUUUUGUAAGAAAAAGCACAAUUGUGGGCUGUAAUCACUUUUGCAGAAUGUGUGUGACGCGUGAUUAUAACCCAAAAUUUACAAAGGUACCACUAAUUUCACUUUUUGAACGUGGGCAUGUGCUUUUUACAGUGUGUUUUUCUAUCCAAAUGCAAUACAAUAUUCAAAGUGCCAUAUUAUAUAUACGUCUAGAAACUGCCUACUCUUAAAUAUUAGGCCUUGGUUAGAGAUUGCUGCAAUUCGCCUUUUUUGUCUAUAUCUGCCAGUGUCCUGAAAAAGCUUUGUCACUUGCUCAUGUAACCCCCUUUCCCCUACCCCCACUCUGUGUUGAGUUGUUGGUAAAAUGUGUAUUGUGAUGUACUAUUUGAACAGUUGGUUUCAAAAUUGCAGAUAAACAAUAAAACUAUACGUUUCAAAGGUUAA